UCCUCCGGGAAUAGUGCCCCUCGCCCCUCUUCAUUAUUUCUCCCAUUGUCGUUUACAAGAUUGUAAACAAUUCGUUCGGAGGAAGGAUUGAGAGGAAGAAUGCGAUUGUCGUGGGUCAAAGGGAGGUACGCGCUUUGCUUACUAAUUCUGCAAAUAAAAUUGACGAAUUCGCGGACAUCUUGGCGUUUAAACGCCGCCGACAAGGUCGUGAAGACGACCGAUUACGUGAGCCCGAUCGAGGAUGAUCCGAUUUUUGAUAUUCUCGCAAACGGUAUCAUUAUUAGCAAUGGUCAGAGCUGGAGCAGGACUGCGACUCUGGAGAAACAUGAGAAAGUGCUCUACUGUCAAGAGUGUAAAGCUUUCGCUAGUCAGGAGAGACGACUCUCGUCAUUCGUGUUGAAGGACACAAAAAAUAUCAAUGAGUCCUUUCCUCUGUCUUCGCAAGUGUCAAACGAGCUAGUGACAUGCACCUCUGGCCAGCAGUGCGACAAUAUAAUAUUGGAUUGUGGCAAGCCAGUAAAUUUUACCUAUUAUGAUAAUCUGAUUGGUGUGGCAAACAGGAACAAGCACCCAUUGGUACCAGAACCCAAUGUGGCACUCAUGUUCAAGAAAAAUGGUGGCAAAACUAUUGAUGUUGAUAUUGACUUGUUAGAAAAACGCUUGAAAAAAGCAAAGCGAGAGAAACCAAAAUCUGUCCAACUGUAUAAUCAAAUAGGAAAUUUUUGGCGUAUUAAAGGCGAUGCACAGAGAUCAAUUGAGUGCUUUCGUAGGGCACUUGCAGUAUCUCCGCAUAAUGCAGAAGUGCUCUUGAACUUGGCUAGAGUAUUACUGGUACAACAUUACUUGGAUGACGCGACAUAUUUAGCUAGGCGAUCGUUAGAGUUGCAACCUCCAGAUCGCAAUGCAUGGGAACAAUAUCUUACACUUGGACAAAUAUUCAAAGCAUAUGGACACUUUCAAGAAGCAGCUGUUCAUUUGCGUCACGCGCUAGAAUUAAAACCAGACCUUUCUGACGCUGCCGAUGCGUUAAAGGAAGUUGAAUCGUUGCCGGCUGCGAGUAUACAUAUCUAUACGUUGCUGAUUAUCAUUUGUUUGGUACUUGGUGUACUCUUGGUUGUGUUGAGCAGUGUAGAAUGUGACGAGGAUUCAACUCUAGUCAGUGGACAGCUUCAGCGUCCGGUACAACGACAUUUUAGUCGUGCUAUGGCUAUGCGUAGUUUACGACUCAACGUUGCACGCAAUAAACGUUGUUGAUAAUGAUGACUCAUUAUUAGACGAAUCAGUCGUUUCGUACAAGUAAUAGAAUAACUUUUCAUUGCUAUAACGACUUAUAUCCCUGCAAAAUAUUAUUUGUAAUACGAUUCGUAACAAUUCUUGGGAUGCACUCUUUAACUAUUUAUUAUGUAUUGCGCGAAAAAGAGAAUAUAUGAAGAAAUAUGCAAGAAUUUUAUUACUAUCUGAUUAUGUCUUGUUACCUCCCCGAGCUUUUAUCGAAAAGUAAAUUCGAUAAGUUUUAACGUUCAUUCAAUAUUUAUUCUUACUCUCUUAAUGUGUUUACAGAAAAUAAAAAAUGGAAUGUUACACACAUACGCAAUAUCACACGCAUUCAUACACAUAAUAUUAUACAUAAAUUAGAAUUACAAUAAUUCUCUUUUAGUUGCUAUCACAUAUAUAUAAUACGAUAUACACAUUGCAGCAAUUUCUUUUAUUAUCAUAUACAUGAAAUUAGAACAGAUACAAGAGAUAUUUCAAUGUGCCUUCCAUCUAUAUCACUUUGUAAUACGAUAUCUUAUAUUAUUAAUAUACGAUUAGAACUAUGAAUGUUAAGAUGUUAUACAGUGUUUCAAAAAAAGAUAUGACAGCAGCAAAAUCUUGUUCUUAAAAUUUAUAAUAUCUUUAAUACAUUUAUGAUAUCUUUGAUCAGAUCAUGAUUGCAGAAACAAAUGUAAAGCUAUGCACACAAAAAGAAUUUUUACAAUAAGGCGGAGUUUCUAUCAUAUUUCAAAACAUUGUUUCAUCAAAAUAAAAAAUAAUUCCGUGGAAAUAUCACUUAUAUGUAUAUAAAUGGCAAGUAUUAUUUGUAUUUAUGCAUUCAUGUUUGCUUUUGACAUUUCAUAAUUCCAGUUAUUUGUUAAAGCCGUUAUAAUGAUUAAAAAAUUUUUUUUCAAAUAAUACAACUCAUUUUAUUAAUUAUAAUGAAUGAUAAUCACAUCUUAAGCUAGUUACUUUUUUAAUUAAUAUCAACACGGUUGUCCCUCUUUCCUUGGUCAUUCUAUGUUAAAAAUAAUAUUUUUUACAUUCACAUACUCUACAUUUAUUUUCUAUUCAAUUCAUUUACUAUUCAAACAUUGUUUCUUAUGUAUAUAGUGUAGAAGUUCAUUUUUAAUGUUAAAUAUUAUAUAAUUUUUUUGAUUACUAUUAUUUUCAUAUAUUUUCAAAUAUUUUGCUGUCAUUCCAUACUUUUUUUGAAACAAUUCCAACAAGAAAAAUCCUUGUAGAGAAAAAAAAAAGUAAUAUAUAAUAAAAUUUCAUCUAAAACAUUCAUUCAACAAGUUUCACCCUAACAAUAUUGUUUAACAAGAUUAUUUUAUAUUUUACAUUAAAAUUUAGUUGGAUAAUGUAAACAACAUUGUACAAUUUAUGAUUUAAUUAACGAGUCAUAAACACAUACAGUAUAAUAGAUUCUAUUUCUUGUCAUGAGACAACUACUGUUGUUCAUUUAUAUUAUACAUAUAGGCAUGUGAAACAUUUCUAAUAACAAAUGCAUAAUCCCUACAUGUGAAUGCACAUGUAAAGUAAAUUGCGCUUGCGAUAUUUCUCAUUAUUUCUUUACAUUCAACCUAAAAAGAAGCAAAUAUUACUCAAACUCAUUUUUAUUUACAUUAUUUUAAAUAUAAA